AUGGACAAUAAACGCAAAUCUCGGUCCAGCCGCACAUCGGUGGAUGUCGACGAGCGCGCUUCGAAACGCCGUCGCAUCCCUCAGGAUGCCGAUAUCACGAAAGGCGAGACCCACGAAACCACCACUCAAUCGGGACUCGGUUUCCUCGAGCAGAUUCGCCGAACUGCCGACAAAAAUGGCCGACUCGUCGCGGGGCAUUUCGAGAAAUUGCUUCCUCGAGAAAGCAACGCCGAUUAUUAUCGCAAGACCCGACUACCUAUUUCGCUCGAAAUUAUCGAGGAGAAAUUGAAGAACGGAGAUUUUGCGAACAUGACGGAGCUUGAGAGCUACUUCAAGCGCAUGGUUAUGAAUGCGAAGGACUUCUAUCCUCGUAAUUCCCAGGUGUUCGAAGACGCUGAGAGAGUUCGCAAGGCGCUCAGUAACUACAUGGUGAAGAAUAACCCUGCGUAUCAGACAAAAGGUUAUCAAGCCUUCCCGACGCCUCUCCCCCCCGAGGGUUCUACCGACGAUGCUAGUCGUGACGAUAGCAAGUCAUCUCGAUCUCGUCAGUCCAAUAGCAGGAGUAAAACUGCCGACAAAGAGGAGGUAAAGGAGAAGGAAGAUGAUGAGUCCCCUGCGAAGGAUGAAGAAGACGAUCCAGAGGCCGAUGAGGGCAACGGUGAGGAAGAGGACGAUGGGGAUGAGGGUGCAGAAGAGGAAGAAGAAGAAGAUGACGAAGCGGAAGAGGAGCCCGUCCUUGUGAUUCCCAAGCGACGAGGUCCCGGUCGUCCACCCAAAAACCCAGUUCUGCACGCCCAGAAAAUGGCCGCCAAGGCCGCGAUGCAAGGAAAGGCUGACUCGCAGUAUCAAAAUGUUCCCUACAAGGGACUUAACUUCCAGCAAGCCCAGGAAAAGAUUGUGGAGGAGCUCCUCCGUAAGAAAGGCGAUGGCUAUGAGUACUUCGAGCCUUUCAUCAAUCUGCCUCCCCGGUCUCUACGGGAUUAUUAUCGGAUUAUCACGGAGCCUCUGUCGAUUCGGAAGCUUCAAAAGAUGGUGAAAGGCAUUCAUGGCCGAAACGAUGCAGCCGGCGUCAGCGACUUUAAGGGUUGGGGUGCUUUUGAGGAGAAAUCCAGUCUCCUAUGGAAGAAUGCUUACUACUACAACGAGGAAGGUAGUGACAUCCAUGAGCUUGCCAAAGAGCUAGAGGGAUUUUUCAAGGAGCAACUUGAAGAGGCAAAGGCUGUUGUCCAAGAGCCACCCCAGCCCAAGAUCAAACUAAAAGUGCCCACAACUGAAAGUGCGGCAUCUUCGAAGAAGAUCACCAUUCAUGUUGGUGGUCGCAGUGGCUCGACCGAUUCGCAGACUGCAAUUCAGUCGGGAGCCUCCCAGAAUGGUGAGGCCCCGGGAAGUGCUGCGAUGGUCCGCCGAACCACGGCCUCGAGUACAGCCGCCACUCCACUUGAGAAGGGGGGUAGUGUGUCUGUCGCGUCCCCCAGUCCUUCGGUUCGAGGCAAGCCCGUUGAAGAAGUAAAGCAUCUCCCCGCCACGCCGGUUGCGAACGGUGCAAUUGGUGCUCCCCAGGGCCAGCCCGCUGUUACAGGAAUGCCGAAUGGCGUUACCGCGCCUCCUGUGCAGCAAGCUCCCCCACCACCCCCGCCGAACCCCAUCUGGGAUUCUCCUUACAGGGCUGAGGGCAAAGGACUCAGCAACGGCCUCAUGGCUAGCCUUGUUGUUCGGCCCCAUUCCACCGUCGCUCAACAGAAACUCCCAACCCUCACGCUACAAGGUUCUCCGAAGCAGUGUCACCGUUCGCAAGUUUAUCAUGUGUCGCUCAAGAUGGACGUGCGAAUUGGUAUUUACCCCCAACUUACCGACGACUUCCAAAAGUCUCAACGCCCGUAUCAACUCUGGGUACUCCACAAUGGACGAAUCCUUCAGAUUAACCAAAUCGGGAACCCAGGUCAGCGAACGCUCUUGUGCGAGACCAUGCUGGGCCGAGGCUUGAACACGAUCGAGGCGCAAGUGAUCUCACAGAUUCCUCCGGACAAGAGGGUGGCCGGCGGCCCCGAGGCAGAACUUGAGAAGCCUGACGGGGUGGUGUUGCCUACUGUGGAGUCGCUCGUGGAGGGUAAAGAGGCGGCUCGUUACCAAGGGGAGCUGCGCACUGCACGCGUCAAGGAGUAUUUGUCCAUAUUGGAUGGGCCAGCGCGCCAACGAACAUUGGAGGAGAUCCGUGAGAAGUAUAGGAAAGCGAGAACGGCUUCGGUUAACCCCAAGCUUGAGUUGGUGCAGGAUCCUCACCCCGAGCCUCUCCUGAUCGAUCCUGUCCUCCUCGCUAUCGGCAUCGAGCGUGCCCGGCGAGGCGACAAUGGCGAUAAUGUAUCCUCGGUCUAG